AUUACAAAGAAAUUCCCAUUUUCAGUCAUACACAGCAGUUCAAUUGUUUUGGUUGAUCUGUAAAAUUUAGAAGCUGAAACGUCCUACAGCUAGAGUUUGUAAUAUUUGAAAUAUUCUCCAAUAACAUUUAACGUGUUUAUAGUUAAUUUUAAGUCUACGUGCACUUUAGUAAAGCACAAUAUAAUAUAUUUACAAUCUAUAUCUAGACUGAAAGAUUCGAACUGACCUUUCAGAUAAGGAUGGUCCUAAAACGUUUAACUUAAUUUAACUGAGCCAGACACCAGAGCAGUAAACUGUCCUUGUACAAAACAUCUCCAGUUUCCUUCCGUCUCUCAAUAAUCUCACUGUGGCCUAACGUUUCAUCACAGCGUGUAAACGCCGUUCUGGUGACACCUGCUGUAUAAUGAACACAUCCACUGCAGCACAUGGGGAACCAGCACACGUUUUGUGGUACAAUUCCCACAGGUCAUAAUGUCCUACAGAGACUUAAGAAAUUUCACAGAAAUGAUGAGGGCUUUGGGCUACCCUCGGUUAAUAUCUAUGGAGAACUUCAGGACACCCAACUUCUCUUUAGUGGCAGAAAUACUCAUAUGGCUUGUAAAGAGAUAUGAGCCUCACAUGGAUAUUCCCACAGAUGUGGAUAUGGAGUCAGACAGAAUAUUUUUCAUCAAGGCUGUGGCUCAGUUCAUGGCAACAAAAGCUCAUAUUAAGUUGAACACCAAGCAUCUUUACCAGGCUGAUGGCUAUGCAGUGAAGGAGAUGCUAAAGGUGACCUCAGUACUAUACAGUGCUAUGAAGACCAAGCAGAUGGCCCUGGAAGACCAAGUUGAGGAGGACAACAGCAAAUUUAAGUUUGACAUCAGCUCUCGGAUUUCAGACCUUAAAGCGGCUCGGCAGCUAGCAUCAGAGGUUACACUCAAAGGUGCAUCUUUGUAUGAUUUACUGGGAAAAGAGGUGGACCUCAGGGAGAUGAGAACUGCGGCUAUUGCCAGACCUUUGGAGAUUAAUGAGACUGAAAAGGCCCUGAGGUCUGCCAUUAAGGAGGUUUUGGAAAGUGUGGAAAAGACUAAUGAGAUGGUAAAUAAUGUUGUGUCUGAUGCGACCAGUCUGGAUGCCAAGAUAGAAAAGAAGAAGCAGGAACUUGAAAGGAAUCAGAAAAGGCUCCAGACUCUGCAGAGUGUCAGGCCAGCAUUUAUGGAUGAGUAUGAGAAGAUUGAAGAAGAGCUACAGAAGCAAUAUGAAACCUAUGUGGAGAAAUUUAGGAACCUUUGUUUCUUGGAGUCACAGCUGGAUGAAUAUCACAGACUGGAGCAGGAGAGAUUCGAGGAAGCAGAAAACACACUGAGGAUGAUGCAGCACAAAAUAAGAGAGGAGGAGAGGGAUCUGAUGAGGAGUUCCUUGAAAGAUGAGGACUCUGACAUGGAUGUCCCAGAGGACGAAGGUUCAGGGAGUGACAUGGAAGAGUCUCGACCUCCAAAGCCACGGCCCACACGCAAUAACCUCAUGGCAGGAAGAGGAGCUCGAUUCAUCGGGAGCAUGCAGGGUGGUGACAGUGAUGAGACUGAAGACAGUGAGAUUGAUGUGGACGAUGAGGAAGAGGAAGAUGACGAAGGCAAGGAGGAAGAAGAGGAGGAAGAGGAAAGCAAGGAUUUGGAGGAUGACACAUUAGAUGGACCAGUGUCCAGAGCACGUCCUGUCAGGGGCAUAAGAUCCCCUCUGCUGGAGGAGAGUGACAAUGACUUCUGAAUGAAAAUGACAUGUGCAUAUGUUCUCCAGUUGUUUUGUGAGCUACAUAAUGUUAAUAUCAUGUAAAAUGAAAAUGUACAAAAUGUGUAAAUGUUAUUUUUAUAAACUGUUUAUAACAAUUAAAACCGGAAGUAAUA